CGCCGCCGAUCCGGCUCCUUUCCCGACUCGGCUGCCGACUUCCGCCGGUCCGAGUGAGUUCGAUCGCCGGUUCGACUUGUCGAUUCGAUUCUGGGCUCUCCUGCAUCGGUGGAGACACGCGCCCGGCCAGCGCCGGCGACCAAGUCGCGCUCCCCGAGCCCGUCGAGCCCGAAGGAGGCGACGGCGACCGUCUUCGAGCACGACCUCACCCACGAGCAGAGCUCCAAGGACUGCAGGGAGCCGGGGGGCGCCGACCAGCGAGAGCUGCAGCAACCCGGCGGCCCCCCCGCCGCGAGCGUGGCGGAGCGGCUCGGGGCCCGCCCCGAGAAAGGCCCCGUGGAGGCACGGGGCAGGAAGCUGCUCGACGAGGGCGCGGGCGAGGCGCCGCCGAGGCGCCCCGGGGCGGCGCCCCCGGCCGCGCCCAAGCGGCAGCUCUUCACGGGGCCGGAGGUGCAGCCGGAGGAGAAGGUCACGCUGUCUCAGCUGUUGCGGACGAAGCCCGCCGGAGACAUGGACGAGCCUCAGGCGGAGCCGGCUCCCGCGGAUCUGGACGUCACCGCACUGCUGAAGAAGGCGAAGGAAAGCCGGGGAGCGGACCCUUGGCGCGACAGAGAGCACGCCCGCUUCCUGCGCGGCGGGACGGCCGCCGCCACUGGUGACGGUGGCCCGGUGCCCUCCUGGGUCGUGGAGCAGCAGGGGGCAGGGCGCUCGCGCCCCGUUGGCGGCCGCCACACCACGGGCUUGCUUAGGCCUGCGGCCGGCGCCGGGGCGGGCGCCGACCCCGCCGACGCUACGCUGCGGCGGGUGGCGAGCGCCGGGCGGCUGCGCCAGGCCCGCGUCGUCGCGGCGCCGGCUGGCGGCACAGGCGCGGGCGUGGAGGCCUUCGGUGGGGCCCCAGCGGCCCGGCGCGUCCUGCCGGCAGUGAGCCGGCCCGGCACGCGGUGAGGCCGGGGUGUGGGCCAGAGGUCAGGAGCUGGGUUUGGGAAGGGGAGGCGGGGAGGUCGUGUGUGCGUGUUUGUUUGUUGCGUCCUUCCCUUACGCGUAGGUUCGAGCGCUAGUAGUUGGACCCCUGCAGGAUAGAGUUGCUAAUUGACGUAGUGCUACACUCGCGCGGGCAAGGCUCCUUGUUUUUUGCGUACCAUAGCAUGCAAAGCCCCAGAACCGCGAUGAA